AUGAGCGCUGCCAACGUCGGCACAGCUUUCGUGCCCUCGGCCAUUCUGGUCGCCGGUGUUUAUGCCGUCAAGCCCGAGUAUCUGACCUAUGCGGUCGCAUUGGCCGCCGUCAUGACGAGCGUAGCUCUGUUCACUGGUGGAAGCAGCAAGCCGCGCAAGGUCCUGAACCCGACCGAGUUCCAGGAGUUUGUUCUCAAGGAGAAGAAUGAGAUUUCGCACAAUGUCGCCAUCUACCGCUUUGCUCUGCCCCGUCCCACCGAUAUCCUUGGUCUGCCCAUCGGUCAGCACAUCUCUCUCGCUGCCACCAUCCCUGGUCAGCCCAAGGAGGUCGUUCGGUCAUACACCCCUAUUUCGUCUGACAAUGAGGCGGGUUAUUUCGAUCUCUUGGUCAAGGCCUACCCCCAGGGUAACAUCUCCAAGCACCUCGCCGAGCUCAAGAUUGGGCAGACCAUGAAGGUCCGGGGCCCCAAGGGUGCCAUGGUGUACACUCCAAACAUGUGCCGCCACAUUGGCAUGAUCGCCGGCGGUACCGGUAUCACCCCGAUGCUCCAGGUCAUCGAGGCAAUCAUUCGCAACCGCCCCCGUAAUGGUGGUAAUGACACCACCAAGGUGGACCUGAUCUUUGCCAACGUCAACCCCGAGGAUAUUCUGCUGAAGGAGAAGCUGGACAAACUGGCCCAAGAAGACGCGGACUUCAACAUUUACUACGUCUUGAACAACCCCCCUGAGGGUUGGACUGGCGGUGUUGGCUUCGUUACCCCCGACAUGAUCAAGGAACGCCUCCCUGCUCCAGCCAACGAUGUCAAGAUUCUCCUCUGCGGCCCCCCUCCCAUGGUCAGCGCCAUGAAGAAGGCCACCGAGUCCCUCGGUUACACCAAGGCUCGUCCUGUCAGCAAGCUCGAAGAUCAGGUCUUCUGCUUCUAA